AUAAAAACAGGAGGGAUAAAGAGAGAGGAAUAAAAAGCAGGAGGGAUAAAGAGAGAGAGGAAUAAACUGCAGGAGGGAUAAAAAGCAGGAGGGAUAAGAGAGAUUUUCCCUGCCAGAAUUGGUGUCUGGCCAUAGAUCAGCAGGUCUUAACAGAACUAUGCUAUAUUAAGCUCUGCAGAUAAUCUAACUCUGUUGUAUCGACCCGUCACUGCUGUGCCUUGGCAGUGUGUGUGAAUCAGCACUGUGUGUGUGUGUGUGUGUCAACCCUGUGUGCGUGUGUGUCCCUUCUGAUCUACUCGUUGGCAGCUGAUAGGGUUUUUAUGGGCCCAUUUCAGGCAAGAGAGGCUAGUGAGCUACUGCCCCGACAGACACGUUGAAACGCGCACACACACACCACAGACUCACACACUCUGUGCCAUUUACAGGCAGUAGAGUGGGUUUCUACUCCAACACGUGCUAACACACACAGACACAUGAGGGUAGGCCCCUUGAUGCAGUAACUCAUACCACCUGAGUGUCUGUGUCAAUAGACAAUCACAUUCUGAGGUUGUAUGUGGAAUCUCCAUGGUGCUCAAAGAUGAACAACUGGACUUAAGUGCCAUGCUACAUUAGUUGACAUGCUGAUGUGCUCAAACAGCAUUUUUCAGAACAGGUGCUGCAUACUUGAUCACAAAAAUCCUUUUUGAUUCUGUCUAUUGGAAAGUGGCAUUCAUUUCUGUGGAUUGAAAGUCAUAAAAUGGUGUAAGACUGACAGCGUAGACGCCGAACAACUCUGAGUAUCACUCCAUCAGUGUGCUGGGUUAGACUGAGAGAGUGAUCCCCUCUGAUCUUCAAUCGCUCCUCUUGCUGCUCUCCUCUGUCUUGUAGAUGAAGGUGUUUCUUGCGCAGUGUCUGCCGCACUGCCUGACAAUGACGGGAGGAAAUAAAACAGGGCGGACGGACAGACAACGGUCACUGAGAGGGAAAGAAAGACGAGCGUGUUUUUGAGUGAGAGACUGAUAAUACAGAGAAAGAGAGAAUGAACCACCGUUGUUGUUCAGACUGAGUCACACCAGAGAGUGUGGACUUGUUAGAGAAACACUGAAAUAACAUUGAACAUCUCAGAUCCAUGAUGGAGCUGGUCCCUAAAACUAAGUACACUCACUUCCGGAGUGAAUCUCUCAGUUCGAAUGACGAUAUCAACUCCAACCCUUUCUCCCUCCCCCCUUCCACCCCCGCAACCCCCCUCACCCCUCCUGGGCUACCCUCCUCCCUCUCCUCCUCCUCUCUCACCCCCAUCCUCCCCCCUUCCUCCCCCCGCCGGGCCGAGAACAGCCCCACCACGCUCUGUUCCUUCUUCCCCAGGAUGGGAGCCCUUCGCCUGGGUGUCUCUGCUACUCUACUCCCAGGCCUCAAGGUCUCCAGCAGGCCUCAGCGGGCUCAAGCCCCCUUGGGGUCUUCAGGGGGUAAUAGUUCCAGCUCUCCCACUCCUCAUCCCCCUCCCUGUCUAACAGCCCCCUCUCCCCCCCAUCGCCCCCCUCUGCAGGAUAUGAACCGGCUGGGUGGGGCGUCCAGGAGGGCGCGGGUGGAGGGGGGGCAGCUGGGGGGAGAUGAGUGGACGCGCCACGGCUCCUUCGUCAACAAGCCCACCAGAGGAUGGCUACACUCAGACCACGUGGUCAGCACCACUGGGGUUGCCUACUCAGUACGGUAUAUGGGCUGUGUGGAGGUGCUACAGUCUAUGAGGGCACUGGACUUCAACACCAGAACUCAGGUCACCAGAGAGGCUAUCUCAGUGGUGUGUGAGGCAGUGCCUGGAGCCAAAGGAGCCCAACGCAAGAGAAAGCCGUCGUCUCGCUGUAUGACGUCCAUUCUGGGGAAACGUAACCUGCAGUUUGCUGGGAUGACCAUCAGCCUGACGGUCUCUACCAGCAGCCUCAACCUGCUGGCCUCCGACUGCAAACAGAUAAUUGCAAAUCAUCACAUGCAGUCCAUCUCUUUCGCUUCUGGAGGAGACCCAGACACAGCAGAGUAUGUAGCAUACGUGGCCAAAGACCCAGUCAACCAGAGAGCGUGUCAUAUCCUGGAGUGUUCGGAGGGCUUGGCCCAGGAAGUCAUCAGUACGAUAGGGCAGGCCUUCGAACUGCGCUUCAAACAGUACCUGAAGAACCCCCCCAAACUGGUCACCCCCCAUGACAGGAUGGCUCCGUUUGACGGUUCAGCGUGGGAGGAAGAGGAAGAUGAGGGAGCACCGCCCCCUGCAGAUGUUCCGUACUAUAAUAACUUCCCCGGGAAACAACCUCCUCCUGGGGGACUGGUGGACAUGAGGGCCCGCCCUGGGGCUACGCUGCCCUAUGGACAGCCGGGUCAGAAUGAUAUUCACAAGCAGCCGCUUCCCCCUCUACCAAUGGGAGCAAAGGAGGGAGGGCGGGACCUGUGUGAUGACCCCUCAUACGUCAAUGUGGAUAAACCCCGCCCCACAACAGCUGCAGCCAAUGGCAACGCUCACAGAGAUGCGUUCGACAUGAAGCCGUUUGAUGAUUCCCUGGGUGUAUCAGGUCUGGGGGUCUCAGCGGCGCCCCCUCUGGUGGAACAGCUGCAGUGCGAGGCCUGGUUCCACGGCAGCCUGAGUCGCAGGCAGGCUGAGAGACUGCUGACCCGUGAUGGAGACUUCCUGGUCCGAGAGUCAGGCACCACCCCUGGACAGUACGUUCUCACUGGACAACAGGGGGGUCAGCCCAAACACCUACUACUGGUCGACCCAGAGGGAGUGGUACGUACCAAAGACCACCACUUUGAGAGUGUGAGCCACCUGAUCAGUUACCACAUGGACAACAGACUGCCCAUCGUAUCAGCAGGCAGUGAGGUGUGUCUGCAACAACCAGUGGAGCACAGGGCCUGAACACACACACAAAUACAGCAAUGCAACGCACACACACACUCUCAGAAACACUACACACAUAAGCAGUGCUGACAACAUUAAGGAAAGCCAAAAAAACACCUAUGUCACUCUUUCUGCCAAAAUCAUUUGUUCUCUGCUUUUCCUCACACCCUCCUCUCCUCCUGGACGACUCACUGUUACCUCCGUGAUCCCUCCUUCUGUUCAUCCUUCUGUCAUCGAGGUCCACUCCCUCCAUCCCUCCAAAGAACGUGGGAGUAACACCUAGGAACACUUUAUUUUCCUUCUCAUUGGGACAGAAAUUAAUACAAUUUAGUAAAAAACGGAGCAUUAUUAAUUAAAUCAUGCCAUAGAAUAAUUCAGAAAUGAUACAAUCAUAGUAAAGGAGGACUAUGGACCUUGGAGGGGAGGAGUGAAACGUAGAGAAAGGAAUGGAGGGAUGGGGGAGAGGUCUUGAUCCAGACAUGGCAGAGGAAACAGUUUCUCUCACCGUCACAGAAGCACUCCAAAGACUUGUCUGAUGAUUGGACUCAUCAGAGAGCUCGGACAUGGACCCUCUAAUCAAAUAUCAGUGGAACACAUGAAUAACCAAUCAUGACUGAGAUCAGGCCUCCUGUUAAUAUGCAUAGACGUUUUUGUGUCCACACCAAUCAGGGCCCUCGCUCACCCUCAAGCCACUCCCAUUAAAAUACUUUUCAUCUUUGACCAUUGACCCCCUGAGUGAUACCUGGUGAUGUCACGGAGGACGUCUCUGUAUGCAAAAAGGGGGUUGCUAUGCCAACAACCAUUGCCUCCGUCUGUCCAAAUAUGGACACGGUUUCUUUCCGGCCUCCGAAGGUGGAGUUUGAUAAAAGGAUGUGAUUCAUGCCCAUCCGACAUCCGCCUGUCUGUCUACAAUGGACUGGUCUCCCUGUCUGUCUGCAUGGGACUGGUCUCCCUGUCUGUCUGCAUGGGACUGGUCUCCCUGUCUGUCUGCAUGGGACUGGUCUUACCUUUCUGUCUGCAUGGGACUGGUCUUACCUUUCUGCUCUGAUCAUGACAAAGAAAGUGGACUUGGUUGGACUGGGGCAGCAGAAACCAUGGAGAUGACUCAUACACCAACAUACAGUGUGUUAGUCUGUAUCUGUCAUGUGUACCUUCAUUGGGAGUAUAGUGUCUUUACAUAGAGAGGGAUGGAGAGAAGACUGGGAAGGGGCAGGGGGGAGGUUCCACAUCUAGAGAUGUCAUCAGACUUAGACACGAUGUCAUCUGAAAGAGCUCAAAACCAAUUCUACGACGAUGUCACAGUCAACCCAAAUGCGGCUGUCACAAUUUAAUCGGUGCUGUGUUGGAAUCGUAGUUCGGAUUAAUGCCAAUAUUUUCUUGCUUUUCAAUGGAUUUGUUGUUAAUAUCUGUUUGCCUUGACAAUCUAUGGCCAUGUCUCUGUCUGGACGGGUGGGGGGUGGAGAGGUUGGUGGGCAUACUGGAUGAAGUGUGUUUAAUGCCGAAAGCAUUCGGUCCAGAGCAUUCACAGCAUAGAUUUUCUCUCCUCUACAAAUGUGCUGCAACACUUGGUCAGGAGAUUAGCUUUUAGCGUUAGCAUUAGCGUUAGCAUUAGUGUGUGAUGUGUUUCUUCUCAGCUCACUGCAGGGAAAACUGUUAUCAGCACUGUUCACAACGGAAUCUGGGAGCUUCGCGAACGUUGGUCAGACGUUGGACUUUGACGUGUUGUUUUCCUUGGAAUUAGAAGAUAGUAGAGGGAGAGAAAGUGGAGGAAUCAUCCUCUCCCUCCUUCUCUUCAUGAUAUUUUUUGUAUCUUUUACUCGUGCCUUGUUUCUUCGAUGCAGUCACCUCCCUCCAGUGCAGUCUGUCACCUAAUGUACUGUGCUUAUUGUACAGUCAGUUGAUGUACCUAAUCCAAAUGUAGUGGACCGUUGGAUCCUGUCACAUGGUCUCUCAGUCCAUCAAAGACUCUGCAAAAAGGACACUGACUCUCACCACCCAGGUCCAGUGAUGGCAAUCCGCUCCUCUAUUGCACAUUCAUUCUUACUUCCUGUUGUCACUUGUUGUUGUCACGGUUGCUCGAUGUCGCAGCUCUCAUUGGAGGGAUUUCCACUCCACCUGUAAAUAACAUCAGAUCUAAUUGGUAGGUUUGAGUUCUUUGUUCUGAAAUGAAAGUCUUUAUUGUUUAGAUGUUAUUAAUAACAUGGGUGGGACAGAAAUUUCACAUGUAAUACCCACAGAAUACUUUUCUCUCUGAAUCGAAGUCAUUUUGAUUCUAGCCAAUGAACCAUGUCCAGGUUUUUGAGGGAGGCUGAAACCAAACUAAACGUGGAAGUGAAGAGUAAACUGGGAUCUGCCACCUGCUGUACAAAAUAUUUCUGUCUCAUCAGGAGGGUUGCAAAAUCCCCUGGUUUUCCAGAUAUCCUGGUUGGAGGAUUCAUGGAAUUCCUGUUUAUUCGCUCGUGUAAUUCUAGGAUUAUUUUAACCAGGAUUUCUGGGAAACCGGGGAAUUUGGGGAAAGUUAUCUGGAUUCUGCAACUCUAGUCAUGAGAAAGGGCUCUCUGAGCCUGGACAGGUAACUGUUUUAUUCAUCUUUCUCAUCGUGCUUCUGUGUGUGUGUUGUGAGAGAGGAUGUGUGGAUGAUCAGAGAUUAUGGUUGGGAGUGUAGGGGGUUGUGUAGUUCUUACAUGGUGGCACGUGUGGUCUGUGUGAGGCCUUUGCUUCAUUCUGUCACAAACACACAGGAGGGACAGCUGUGUUAGACACGACUGUUUAAGUGACUAUAGGUCCUGGAUAGGCAACAAGGAAACUAGUAUACAAGCCCCAAGGUGUGUGUGUAAAAGGAAUAAUCUAUCCUCUACAUAAUUUGUGAAGCAUUCUAGCGUUGUCAUUGUUCAUCACAGUUGCCUUUUGCAUGGAAAUCAUUUUUUACAGUUUCUAUAUUGUUGUUGUUUUGAUGUACUUUUUGAUUUGAGUUUUGAAAGCCAAAGGGUUAUUUUCAAUUAGCCUUCACAAAUAUUGAUUUUAAAUUUGUACUUUUUACAGUUCUGUUGUAAUACUCUUGUUCUUUUGGGGGAAAAUACAUCUGUUUACACCUGUAUCUGAAAUCACAGAUUGCAUAUAAAUGCAUAUAUCAUGAAUCUUUCUUGGUGAGUUUGGCUUUAAAAUGCAGUUUCUGGAUUUAC